AUGGGUCUCUUCUCCCGCAAGGAGAAAGUUCCCAGGGUGGCAGCCAACGCCAAGCCGUCGAUCAACACGUCCGACGUCAGCGUUCACUCUGGCGCCUCAAGCCUUAAGUCACCGCCUGGAACCACUCGUGGCGGCUUCGGCAGAGUUUCGGGGGGCAAUACCAACCCCAACACCCCCUUGACGCCUUUCUCUCCGGUGUCGAUCCCCAAGAUCGACCUACCGCGACCUCCCGACCCUCAAUUGGAUCCUGCGGGCUACCUCCGAAGCCUCGGCGCCGUGCGCGAGAGGAGCAGGAUUGUCACGGACAAGGCCCUACGCAAUGAACUGAACCAUUUCGAUGUCGACUUGAACAAGUUCCCCGACGUUGUGAGCUUUGUUUCGUGUAUCAUCAAGCGCGACUUUGAUGCACCGUUCACCUCGAUCCCGAGCCACGGCCGGCACCAGCAUUUCUGCGUUGGUGGCCGUGACCGUAUCGCGCAUCUCUUGUCCACGUUCCCUGACGACAUUGACAAUACGGAAAAGUGCCGACGCAUGGUAGACCUUUUCCUAGUCAGCGUUUUACUCGACGCCGGCGCAGGCACGCAGUGGAGCUACAAGAGCACAGAGAACAACCGCAUAUACAGGCGGUCAGAAGGUAUUGCCGUUGCAAGCUUGGAGAUGUUCAAGAGUGGCAUGUUCUCAAGCGACAAGUCCAAUAAAUAUCAGGUGGAUACGGAUGGUCUUCUCACCCUGACGCCCGAGAAACUGGCGGCCGGCCUGCAAUCCAAGCCCGGAAACGAGAUGGCGGGCGUAGAAGGUCGCACGCAGCUUCUCAUCAGACUCGCCGAUGCUCUCGAGAAGAAACCAGAAUUCUUCGGAAGGGACGGCCGCCCUGGCCGUAUGGUUGAUUAUUUGCUGUCCCAUCCUUCCACUCAAGCCUCCUCCAUGCCGAUUGUCGCUCUACCCACGCUCUGGAACGUCCUGAUGAACGGCCUAGCGCCCAUCUGGCCACCUUCACGCACCGCCAUCAACGGCAUCUCCCUAGGCGAUGCCUGCCUUGCAGCAGCAUGCCUCAAACAGCGGGGGUUACAGAAUUACGCCGACUACUGUCGCAGGACUGGGGUGAAGGGUGUUGAGGUUGCUCCCAUGUUUGAGCCGAGCGACGACGUGAUUGUCGAAUGGCGCGGCGUGACGGUGGGACUCUUGGACAAAUUGCUCAUUGAGGUGAACAAGAGCCUGAGGAAUGAUCUCGGCGGGAACGAGUUGACCUUGGCGCAGCUACUUGAGGCCGGUAGCUGGAAGGGGGGCCGCGAGAUUGCGGAGGUCAGCAGGCCAAAUACCAAGGAGCCGCCCAUUCUUAUCGACAGCGACGGCACCGUCUUUUAGACACGUGGAAGAGAGAGGGAAUGCCUUGGACGGUGUAUGACUUUUUGGGAAUCACGACAAUGGAUGGGGGCUAUCAUGAUGGGUUGCGUGAAAAAAAAAAACGGCUCACACAUAAUGGGACCGGGGGAGGCUGCGUUCGUUUGAUUCCAUAGCCUUGCUAAUUCUAUCACAGCACGCUUGGCUCAAAAAUACCGAUGCAUCCAUACUCAAGUCUGUAUCAGUC